AAAGAGACACAGCAUGAGCAGGAGAGGGGCAGAAAGAGAGGGAGACGCAGCAUCAGAAGCAGAGCCCGAUCAAGAAACUUGAUGCAGAAUGGUUUAGCGGCAGAGCUAGGAUCAGCUUGACAGAGCCUGGCCCCGAGGUCCAUGUUUUAAAUCACUAUGCUUAGUCUCCAAGAACCUACAAAAAGUGCGAGCCUUAACCCAAAACCUUGGCAUUCCCCACCUACAUUCCCUAGUGGCCCCAGCUUCAAGGGCAUUCUACCCAUUCCUUUAACAGUUCGCACUCCCCUGCUCUGCCCCAACACCCUCCUAUAUCCCCGUUUUGCAUUCGGCCUUGUGAUCUCAGCUUCAACAUUAUUGCCUAAAUUACAAACUCGAAUGGCAUGCCGUAUUUCUCAGCACUCAACACAAAACCGUAAUUGUGUAUUUCACGGGGAAUUAUUUGCUUCCUGUCUUUUCCGACGAGGUGGUGCUGCCAUCAGACGCCACGUCAGUCCUAUUCAUCAUGUGUUCCCAAUAACUGAAUACCCACCAACCAUUCAAAAAAGAAGGCUUUGGCACAACGGAUACGCUCAAUAAUUUCUGUGGAACGAAUGAAUAAAUACACUCGAGCCUCGUGCUUCCAGGUGUUUAAUACAUGUCUCUGCUCACGAUACUGCCCUCACUACACCCUCAAGUAUCUAGACCCCUGUGGCAUAAUUGCUCCGGCCUGGGAGGAGAAGGAGGUGGAGGAAGAGGAGGAGGAGGAAGAGGAGGAGCCGCCGCGGCCGCCGCCGCCGCUGUCGCCGCCUCCGCCGCCGCCUCGGCUGGAAGCGACGAACCUCCGCCAGGCCGUCCCCCGCGUCAGCCAGGGCGAUGUUCCGGCCCGGGAGGGGGAGGAGGAGGAGCCUCCGCUGCCGCCGCCGUCGCCGCCGCCGCCGCCUACGCUGUCUCCGCCGGCAAGCGAUGUAUCUGCGCCAGGCAGUCCCCCGACCUCCCCGGCCCGAGCCCCGCGGGCCGCCGCGGCCGCCGCCAUGAAGAAACACUUCAAACGCGGCCCCCCGGCUGGUGGCGCCGCUGGAAGUGACCCGGCGGAGAGGGAUGGGCUCCGGCCCCGGAGCAGCCGCCAUCGCCUCCACUGCUGCCGGCGGCCGGGAAGCAAUGUAGUCCCGCCAGGCCGUCCCCCGAGCUGCACAGUCCGAGACCCGCGGGCCGCAGCUGGCGCGGCCGCCGUGAAGAGGCAGUUAAACCGCAGGAAACAGACCGUGGGCAGCAACUCCCAGAGGUGAUGUUAUGGAUUCCUGGUUUAAUGAUGAGGAAGCGAGGACUCAAAGAGGUCAUCGGGCUAGUUAACGAGAGCGCUGCCGUUCAUCAGAAACCAGGGUUCUGCCUCCAAAGCAGGGAGAAGUCCUCACUUCACCCAGGCAACUCUUUCUUUAAGAAACCCCGUGUUAGAAUUCUGUGUGACGACGCUUCCACAGAAUCCUGGAAGCUGAGAGUUGGAUGUUGCUCUAGUGCAGGGGCUUCCGCCAGGGAUGGCCCCCUGGGGGACAUUUGGCAAUGGACGGAGACGUUUUUGUUUUUGUCGUGACUUGGCUCGGGCGUGGGGUGCUCCUGGCAUCUGGCGACACAGGCCGGGGAUGCUGCUGACCAGCCUACACCGCCCAGGACAGCCUCGCCACACAGAAUCAUCUGGUCCCAAAUGUCAAGAGUGGUGAGGUUGGGAAAGCCUGGUCGAGUCCUUUGAGAUGCUGGAUAUGUGAAUCGUGAAAACCCAAGAUGGGUUAUGUUUGCCUGCAGGGUGAAGAUGUGUUCUGUUUGGUCUAUUUCUUACGUGUGGAAGUCUUGAUGACAAUCAUUGGGCCAUACUGAACACUUGGGAGUUUUCACGUGGAAACCUGGACUUCCAGCUUCUUCUCAAAUCUUGCAAGACCUAGCGAAGCCUGGCGUCGCGCCC